GUGGUUGGCUGCGGGAUUUUUUUACUGCAAACGUUACUCAUAGGGAAUCAUUGACAGUCCGCCGCUGCGUAUAGCGUGACCACGUUAUUUGACGACGUAGGAUAAUAAUGGUAAUGUUAUAAAAGUGGAGAUGUUUAGAUCUCGAGUUUAAUUAGACAGAAAUAUAAAACCCUUUUUAAGGGACGAUGGCCGAAACCAAACUGGUGCUUUUUACCGUUUCCUUUGUUGCAAACGCUAAAUUUCUCACGAAUUCUUCCGUCGUCGGCGGCGCAGAUUGAAUGCCAAAACCCUAGCUCGCCCUCCCCAAUUCCCCAUUUCGGCCACACCCUCCUUGCCUCCACGGCUCCACCCCUGCUUCAGGUUACCUGUGCCAGCGACGCCGGUAGAAGCCAUGGACAGCUCUCUCGCGAGCGCGGCGGCGAUAGCCGAUCAGCGCCAGAAGAUCGAGCAGUACCGCCACAUCCUCGCCUCCGUCCUCUCGUCUUCCCCACCGGACAUCUCUCAGGCCAAGCGCUUCCUCGACCACAUGGUUUCGGACGAAGUUCCGCUCGUGGUGUCGCGUCAAUUGCUCCAGACGUUCGCGCAGGACCUAGGGAAGCUGGAGUCGGACGCGCAGAAGGAGGUUGCCCACUACGCGCUCACGCAGAUCCAGCCGCGUGUGGUCUCCUUCGAGGAGCAGGUGGUAGUGAUUAGAGAGAAGCUUGCAGAGCUAUAUGAGUCUGAACAACAAUGGUCAAAAGCAGCACAAAUGCUUAGUGGGAUUGACUUGGAUUCAGGAAUCAGGAUGCUUGAUGACACCAACAAAUUAUCCAAGUGUGUUCAAAUUGCACGACUCUAUUUAGAGGAUGAUGAUGCAGUGAAUGCUGAGGCUUUUAUAAACAAGGCUUCAUUUUUGGUCACCAACAGCCAUCAGGAGGUUCUAAACUUACAGUACAAGGUCUGUUAUGCAAGGAUUUUGGAUCUGAAAAGAAGAUUUCUGGAAGCUGCACUUCGAUAUUAUGACAUUUCUCAAAUUGAACAACGCAAGAUUGGAGACGAAGAGAUUGAUGAAAAUGCACUAGAACAAGCUCUUAGUGCUGCUGUGACAUGCACAAUAUUGGCUGGUGCUGGUCCACAACGCUCCCGUGUUCUUGCUACUCUGUACAAGGUGGUGCAACAAAUACCAAUUAAUCUGGAUGUUUAUGGCUUUUCUGGUAAAUAUGGGUUGACAGAAAUUAUAGCUUCUGGCUUGAGCUGGGUGGUUUCAGAUCUUGUCCAGUGCCAACCAGAUGAAAGAUGCUCGAAGUUGAAAAUAUACCCAAUACUGCAGAAGGUUUACCUUGAAAGAAUUUUGAGGAAACCAGAAAUUGAUGCAUUUGCAGAGGAGCUGAGGCCGCAUCAAAAAGCUUUAUUACCAGAUAAGUCGACUGUGCUUGACCGAGCAAUGAUCGAGCAUAAUCUCCUUAGUGCCAGUAAACUUUACACAAAUAUCAGCUUUGAUGAGCUUGGGACAUUACUGGGGAUUGAUCCAAGGAAGGCUGAGAAGAUAGCAUCUCGGAUGAUUUAUGAGGAUAGAAUGCGGGGCUCAAUUGAUCAGGUUGAGGCUGUGAUACAUUUUGAUGAUGACACGGAAGAGCUGCAGCAAUGGGAUCAGCAGAUUGCUGGACUGUGCCAAGCCCUGAACGACAUCCUUGACAGCAUGUCAAGCAAGGGAAUAACUAUUCCGGUGUGAAUAAAUAUCUCAUGCUGUCGGUCGAUGGUGCAUGGCAGAACUGCUUCCAUGCCCCGGAAUCCAGAAUCAACAUUUUGUAUAGUUUGCAGCUGCAAAUGUGUAUCUUGUGAUUUUGGGGGGAGGAUGCUUGUUUAAGUAACGCUCACUGGAUACCUUGUAGCACUACUGUUUCAAGAGCGCUCGAAUGAUUCAGUAAGGGCUUUCGGUUUCAUCAGAAUCCAUAUGUGGAUUGGCUGAGUUUCAAUCCAUAGCAAGUCAAAAUUCUUUAUAA